CGCCGGAAGCGCCCCGAAGUCUCGCGAGAGGCGGCGAGGCCGUUGAUCGUGGUGGCGCUGUCUCUCUCUCACCGGAGAGUCGCUUCGCUCCUCUUUUCUCCUCCGCGUCUGGGCCCUGCCUGGGAGCCGCCGCCAUGUCCCGCUACCUGCGCCCCCCCAACACCUCGCUGUUCGUGCGGAAUGUGGCCGACGACACCAGGUGUGUGUCUGAAGACUUGCGUCGUGAGUUUGGUCGUUAUGGGCCUAUAGUUGAUGUGUACGUUCCACUUGAUUUCUACACUCGUCGUCCAAGAGGAUUUGCUUACGUUCAAUUUGAAGAUGUCCGUGAUGCUGAAGAUGCCCUCCAUAAUUUGGACCGGAAGUGGAUUUGUGGCCGUCAGAUAGAAAUCCAGUUUGCACAGGGUGAUCGGAAAACUCCAAAUCAAAUGAAAGCCAAGGAAGGGAGAAAUGUGUACAGUUCUUCUCGCUAUGAUGACUACGACAGAUAUAGGCGAUCUAGAAGCCGGAGUUAUGAAAGGAGGAGGUCUAGAAGUCGUUCUUUUGAUUACAACUAUAGAAGAUCUUAUAGUCCUAGAAAUAGACCUACUGGAAGACCUCGGCGUAGCAGGAGCCGUUCGGACAAUGAUAGGUUCAAACACCGCAAUCGAUCUUUUUCAAGAUCUAAGUCCAAUUCAAGAUCACGAUCCAAGUCACAGCCCAAGAAAGAAAUGAAGGCUAAAUCACGUUCUAGGUCUGCAUCUCACACCAAAUCUAGAGGCACCUCUAAAACAGAUACUAAAACACAGUAUAAGUCCAGCUCAAGAUAUGAAAAGGAACCGAGAAAAAAAGAACCAGCUAGAUCCAAAUCUCAGUCAAGAUCACACUCUAGAUCUAGGUCAAAAUCCAGAUCAAGGUCAUGGACUAGUCCCAAGUCCAGUGGCCACUAACAGUGUAACCAUAUUGUUUUUAGGCAUGAAUCAUUCAUUUACACACAGUUCAGUUUUCUUAAAUUAUCAGGAAUAUGAUGUUGCAACAGUGCUAAAAAGAACUUCUUUUUGUCAGUUUUCCCUGUAGCAGGCAAUGGUUAUAAUUAAAAUAACAGUGUUGAGAAGCCACUAAGAGAGUCCACUUUGUGAAAUGUCAUGGGCAGCUAUUGAUUUGAUUGUGGUGUCUAUGUAUAUUUUUGUAAAGAUUUGCAUUUUUUGAUGCUUAAAAUAUUGGUGAUAACUUGAUUGACCAUAAUUCGCAACAUUGUCCUAUUACAAAUUUCACACCCACAGAGAAAUUGGUGUGGAGCAGUUAAACUAGCAGUUUAACUUGUUCUUCAAUAUUAAAAGUUUGCAGUAUGAAUGGAAAACUGGGCAGCUGUAGUGCAACGCUGUCUGCUGUGAAAUAGACUGGCAACAUUACGUUUCCAUUGUUUAGAGGGAGGAAAUCUAUAUUUUUCAUGCCCACCUACAGCAAGUAGACAUGUGGUGUUGAAGUUUCUUGUUAACCCCACCAUCUGGAGAGAUGGUACUAACAUUGCAUAUAGUAUACGGGGAGAGUCCCAGUCUUGAGGAUUCAUGGGAGAUCACGCAGUGUCACGAUCGUUGUCAGGAGAGGGCUUCAUUGUUUUUACCCGUCUGCUAAUAUUAGAUGUUUAAUAAAAACAUAUACAUUUGAAAAUAUUUAGGUCACAUUUAAGCAAAUGACAGAGCAGCUACAAUAUUAGGUUAACGUGUACAUUUUAUUCAGUUUUUGUAUCUAUUCUAAAUUUUAGUGAGCAAUUAAUCAUAAAUUGCUUAGUUUCCUGCUGUUAGAUGCAAGUAGAUUGUUUCAAGUUGUGUGUGUACAGUAUAUAAGAACUAAACUUUUAUGCCAAUUACUCUUGUGGUUAGUUGGUGCAUUCAUAGAUAUCAAACUCUAGCCAUCUCCCUAUUUGUGAAUAACUAAAGGAUUGCUUUUACACUUCAAAAUUUAUCUAGUCAAGCAAGCCUAAAUUACGUCUCUUCCUAGCCAGACUGGAUAGUGCUUUGGUUACAAGGUUUCAUUUUAAAUUACUUAAGAACAAAUCUUUCGAAUUAGGUGUGAAUUAGAGCUGCAUCUCUAGCUAUUUUGUUUAUCACAAAUACAGUAUCUUGAGUAAAUUGAUGUGAAAAAUAGUACAAUACCAGUAUGUAAUCUCACAAGUAUUUCUCUAGAAGGCAAGAUGUUUUGUUAAGAAAAUGGCUUCUGGCUUUGAAUUUAAAUAAUAAUAAAAAAAGCCAGUGUCAAACACCUUAUGUUCCUUGCUGUCUAUAUAGUAGUCUAUGAAGAUGUUGGUGAAAAAGUUUCCUUUUUAGAGAAUUACUUUUAGGUUUUGGUUUUAGCAAUUUCAGCAGGGCCUUUGAGGAAACAGACGGCUUUUAAAUUCUGGCUGUUGAAUGUGCUUAAGGGGUUGAUUCUAGAACCUUUGUAUACUAGAUAGUAUUUCUAACUUUUUUUUCUUUACUCUUUGCAGUUAAUGUUCAUGUUCUGCUAUGCAAUCAUUUAUAUGCACGUUCCUUUAAUUUUGUAGACUUUCCUGGAUGUAUAGUUUAAAAACAACAGUCUAUUUAAAGCUAGCAGUAGCGUGCAGCUCUAGCAGAGGAAAGUUGUGGGAUUAAACUUUGUAUUUUCUUUCAUAUAGGGGCUUCUAAAAAGGUAUUUUUAUAUGUUCUUUUUAACAAAUAUUGUGUACUACCUUUAAAACAUCAAUGUUUUGAUCAAAAUAACUAAAGACCCAGCUUAUUUUCUGCUUGCUGUAAAUUUAGCAAACAUGCUACAAUAAAAAAAAAAUGAAGGAAAUACUGAUCCACUGGAGUUAUUGUAGCUUUAGAAUUUGAUUCUAGAGCAGCAUUAGGAACAAGGCUGUGCAUCUUCUGUGAAGUAAGAUACCUCUUUAAGGUUUAGUGGUAAAGUAGAACAGGAAUCCUUUUAUUUUGUCUGUCUAGAUACAACUGUAUUUUUAUUUUUUGUUUAAAGAGGGCUAAUGGGUGAAAUAAGAAGAAUGUUAAGUAUACCUUUUGGUCUAAUAAUGCAAAAUAGAUUUAUCCUAACUUCCAUGGUCAAGAUUGCUCGGCAGAUAUACAGAUUUUUCCCCAUUUAUCAUAUCUGAGAUAAUUCAGUAGACAAAUCAUGGGUUGUUAAACAGCAUUUAAAGAUGCAUGAGGGAACAACAUUUCUAGGUAACAGCUAGCAGUUACUUACACCUACCAUGUCUUGCAUUGUACCAAAAGCAUUUAUUUAGUAGAUUCCAUAAAAAAUAAUUUUUACUGUUAGAAUUCUAUCUUUUCUUUUCCUCAACCUCUCAAAGCCUAAGAUGGCUUUUCGCAAUAGUGGAUCAUGCAUAACUUGUGGGGGGAAAAAAGGGAAAAUAAUGUCCUGAUAAAAUUUACUUUGGACUCCCAAUCUUUGGAAACCAUUUUAAGUGUAGAGGCUUAAAGGAAUUUUAAGCAUGUAGAUAAGAUUGGGGCCUAUAGUUACAAUGAAUUGUUUUCAGAUAUUAACAGCAAAAGAGAAAUUGACUAUUUGGAAAAUGUUACAGUGCUAAAAACAAAAACUAUGAUUCAGAGGUUGUAGUGUAGUUUGUAUGUGGAGUUUGAUAUAUUUUUAUAUAACAGUCCUUUAUUUUGAAAGCCAACUCAAUUGAAGUCCACUGUAGCAUGACUUUAACUUGACUUGUGCAUAUGAGCAAGCCAGAAAAGCUGAGCACAAACCCACAACGUUGCAAGAGCGAAGAUGGUACCCUAGUUCUGGUUCCAAUUGGGAAAAAAUGUUGGAAAGGCUGUUCUGUGAGGCCCUUUCAGCCAAGAAGGGAUUACCAGGCCAUGGCCAAGGAGACAGGGAACGUUUGUGUAUUUGUGCCAGUCAGCCCCUGCAGACACCAUCAUCCUUCCCCAGCGCACAAACAUUAUUCCUGCUUUAGAGCAAAUAAGCCCCUCUUCUGCAAGCUUUCUGCAGGCUUAGCUGCAGGAAUGUGUGCAUCUGAAAAACAAUAUGUAUAUACAUCUUUGGAGCGGUGAGAAGAAUGGGAGUUAUGCUUUUCUGUGGUAAACUAGAAUUUGCCUCUAAUGCAGAUUCUGUAGAAGUGAAAUAAUGUUU